AUGUCCUCCCCACGAUCCACCGAGAAUCCCCCCAAAGACGACCCGGAAGCACCACGCCCUCCUUCCAAGGUCGUUGAACCCACCAAAGUCGACACUGCACCACAACAAGCUUCCACUUCACCUGGUGACGGUAGUCACAUACCCGCGGACCAGAUACGCGAUCCCUCCGAAGUCGAUCGCAACGACCCCAAUAUCAACGUGGUCGAAAUCCCCGGAGAGAAAUUACCGCAUCCUUCCUUCAAAGAACAAGUGUUUGGUUAUGCCAAGGUCAUCCGCGGAACGGCUCUUGGUAAAGCGGACGUCAAGGAAAAGGGGGAACAAGUGUUGCGAGGCGAAGAAACGGUUCCGAAACGGCGAGGUUCGACUUCGAAUUGA